AUGGUUGCAGUCGAAACAAGAAUGCAAACGACAAUAAUAAUACUAGUAGUAGCAGCGCUAACAGGAAAAUGCUUCCUCCUCCGAGCGUUAAUACCUAAAGUAUGGUGUUUAGACGACUUUGAAUUAGCACGACCGUUGGGGAAAGGUCAGUUUGGGCAAGUGUAUCUGAUGCGGGAGCGACAGAGUAGAUUUGUGGUAGCCAUGAAGGUUGUUUUGAAAUCUGACCUACUCAAACAUAAUAUGGAGCAUCAGCUACGUCGUGAAAUUGAUAUUCAAUCCAACCUCAGACAUAAGCAUAUUUUACGCCUCGAUACUUUUUUCCAUGAUGAGAAGCGGGUGUAUCUAGUACUGGAAUAUGCUCCGCAGGGAGAGCUUUACAAGAGAUUAAGGAAGAUGGUUAAGUUUCCAGAGUGGCAGGCUUCCAAGUAUAUUUACGAGUUAGCUACAGCAUUGGCUUAUCUGCAUCGGAAGCAUGUGAUCCAUCGAGAUAUUAAGCCUGAGAACUUGUUGCUUGGAGCCCAUGGAGAGCUCAAAAUUUCUGACUUUGGUUGGUCAGUCCAUGCACCAUCCCCUUCGUCUCGGCGGCUGACCUUUUGUGGAACAUUGGACUACUUAGCCCCGGAAAUGGUAGAGGGCCGUGUUCACUCGAAUCGGGUGGAUGUGUGGUCACUAGGUGUGCUGUGCUAUGAGUUCUUGGUAGGAAAACCGCCGUUCGAGGGGCUGCAAGAAGAGGAUCGACAGGCGACAUACUCGAGAAUUGCCAAAGUAGAUCUCGACAUUCCAGAGACUAUCAGUAGCGAGGCAAGAGAUCUGAUUUUAAAGUUGCUGAAAUACCAUCCGGACCACCGCUUGGGAUUGGAGCGCGUGCUUCUUCAUCCUUGGAUUACUCGACAUAAUGGCACUAAAGGCAGCAGUAGCAGCCACAAUCGGGGGUUAUGA